CGCUGUACUUUGGCCGUCGCCAUUAAUUGCCAAAUUCUUACUGUGGUUUCUCUCGCCUGUCUCUACCUUUUUCCGGCGGCGAGGAGGUUUGAGGAGAUGCAGAGGGGCGAAAUCGGAUUUGCGGUGCAUGGAAUGGAGGUGAGAGCGGUGAAUGAAGGUAAUAGCUGCUGCAGCUACGGUGAGGUAGUAGCGCCGUUUGUGAUGAAGACUUACCAAAUGGUGAAUGAUCCGUCGACGAAUGCGCUCCUCGCCUGGGGGAAGGCGAGCAAUAGCUUUGUUGUUGUGGAGCCGUUGGAAUUUGCGGAGAGGAUUUUGCCGGUUUACUUUAAGCACAAAAACUUCUCGAGCUUCGUGCGGCAGCUAAAUACUUAUGGAUUCCGAAAGGUUGAUCCGGAUAAGUGGGAGUUCGCAAACGAGCACUUCCUCCGGGGGCAGAUGCAACUUCUUACCAAAAUAUCAAGAAGGAAACACCCGAUCAAUACCUGCCGGGCAUCACUAACCAAACAGGAAGAUGAAGAAGGUGAUCAUACCCUGAUGAUGGAGAUUGCAAAGUUGAAAGCAGAGCAGAAGAGUUUAGAACAAGAACUGGAGAGCAUGAACAAAAGGCUGGAGGAAACGGACCGAAGACCCCAACAAAUGGUGACAUUCUUACGCAAAGUUGUCGAGGAUCCAAGCAUUCUGCCAUGGCUAAUGCUGGAGAAAGAAAGGAUCAGAACUCUAACAUCCGGAAACACUGACAAGAAGACUAAACUCACAAUAGCUACUGAUUCCUCUAAUUCUUCGUCAUCAGGUACACCAAUCAAGAAUUGGGACAGCCAAUAUCGAGCUAAUGCAAUGGAGGAAUCGACUCCAAUUUCGUCGCCUAAUGGAAACUUGGAUGUUGAUCCGAAUUCACAAUCCGAUGAGGGGUUGAGUUGCAUUAGAGGAACUACUGCAGGUAUGUCUAUGAUCCCACAAGAAAAUCUUAUUACUUAUGCAAAUGUUUCUAGCUCGGCAGCGCCGCCGCCGGUGGGCUCUGCCACCGGAAGUGGUGGUGCUGUGGUGGUGGCUGGUGGAGCUUGUAGGAGAUUUUUUGAAGGAGUAGCGGCCAUUGAGGAAGCUAGUCCUCCACAGCCACCACCAUAUCCAUUCUCAUUGUUCUUUGGUGGGCUUUAGCCCUAUUGAAUUAUUCAUUCAUUUGAACACUAGAAAAGAAACAUAACGGAAAGCUCUUUAAUGUGUUAGUGCGUGACAUUAGUUAAAAGGGUUAUAAAUAUUUAGCAAAUAGUGUUGAAUUCCAAAAGCCUCAAAAUUUAUUUCUCCAUUUGUCGAGUAAAUUUAGAAUAUUUGUGUCCAAUGUUAAAAAAAAAAAAUAUUUUAUUAAAAAAUAAUAAAAAUAAAAGGAUAUUUGAAAAUAUUUU